GUUAUUGCUUGUGAGGUGGAUCCUCGCAUGGUGGCUGAGCUUCAGAAAAGAGUGCAAGGAACGUAAGUUGAGCAUAUUCUAUUUUAACGCAUUAAACCUGAAGAGUGAUCAGCUUCUAAUUUCUCCUUACAAUAUCACCCCUGAAUCAAGCAUUAAGGUCACGAGAAUCAAGGAAAUGAUCACCAACUUAUAAGGCUCUUGAUUUUUAAACAAAUUCUCCUUGUCAAGGGCUUUAGGAAAUGUAUAGAGAACAGUAUGGAGAAUAUAGAUACUGAUGUUCGGGUGUAGAGAGUUAAUAGGUGACUGACACAUAAAAUAAAAACAUUGAAGUUAAAUAUCCCUGGAAAUUUAUAUCCAAAGAGCAUUGGAACUUACAGAGUUAAUCAUGUUUAUGUUUGAAAUAUAAUUUACAGAGAUUUACUGUGAUUUCUGUCAUUGACUUAACCCUUUCACUCCCUAGAUCUAAUUGGUAAUUCUCCUUACCAUCUGCCAUACAGUUCUGAUGAUGCUAGUUCAGAGAAUUUGGCAUUGGAUCAACUAAUAAUCCCAUAAUUGAUAUUCUUCUCUAUUCUCAUCACCUACCCACUUGAUAUUGUAUUGAUAUUGUAAGGAGAAAUUCUGUCUUGAUCACUUGUGGAGUGAAAGGGUUAAGAAAUAUCAAUUUUGAAUUAAAAAAUGCUGUCCUUGAAUUAACACUGUUCCUGUAUAAAUGCUGCUCUGGAAUGACGAGAAAUCUGAUAAACACUUUGGCAUUUUGCUUUUUAAUCAAGGAGAUACAUGCAUAGCAAAUUGUAUUGUAUGGAAUUGAUUAGCAACUCAAGUAUGAAGGGUUCUCUCAGUGACUUUGACAUGUGAUAACUUUGGUUUUUUAAAUUAUCAGUCCUCAAGCAAGCAAGCUUCAUGUGAUGGUGGGAGAUGUUUUGAAGACAGAUCUCCCUUAUUUUGAUGUGUGUGUGGCUAAUCUUCCAUACCAGGUAUUUCCACGGAGCAUACAUAAUUUAUUUAUUACGAUGUUGUGAUUAUGUUUAUACUUUCUCAUGUUUUGCUAUUUAUAUCACACAGAUUUCAUCACCAUUUGUAUUCAAGCUCCUUCUUCACAGACCGUUUUUCAGGUACACUUACUUCCUCUUUGUCAACUCAAAUACCAAUGCAGUUUAUGUCUGAUUGUAGGAAGGACAUGGUGGCCUGGAGACUAGUGCCCAGGGGGUGGGGUUGGUCUGGGUUCAAGUUUGGGCUUGGCUGUAGUGUUGUGUUCUUAUGGAAGACAUAUCCCUCUUACAGUGCUUAACUUUAUCUUUGAGUGGGAUAUUUACUUUUUUAUCUACACCUCUCCCCCCCUCUCUCCCCCCUCCCCCCAACCCACUCACCCUAUGGAAAGCAGCCUUUGACAGAGGAUUUGUUGGAAUUCUUUUGAAGGAAAUUGGUAACAUUUUGAACUGCCUACAUACAAAUUUCAAAGGUUGGCUAGGGGAGGGGGGGGAGAGGAGGAAUGUUGUGAUGCCACUGGGUAUUGCAAACUAUUAAGGGUGGAUUGUUAGGCUGUGCGAGAUGGGUAAUCUAAAAGCAUGACAAAGUAUGGCUGUAUGGAGCUUUUGGUACACAAAGCUGACUUUAUUUUUUACCAUGGUUGAUUUUUCUUAGACUAGAAUAUGACUUUCUAUGUUUAUUUUGUUGGCCUGUAGAUGUGCAGUUUUGAUGUUCCAAAGGGAGUUUGCCCAACGUUUAAUCGCUCAACCUGGAGACAAAUUGUAUUGCCGGCUGUCAAUCAACACACAGUUGCUAGCCAGGGUUGAUCAUCUGAUGAAGGUGUGUUGCAUCUUAAUAAGUAUCUAAACAUUACGGGCCGGUUACUUACACGAGGUCUGACCCAAACCGCGGUUUUACGCAAGUUGUGGUCCUCAGGGGUUCUGUAUAAGAGGGUUGGUCCAGUUAAAUAAAUGUCCUCUCACUAUUAGCGUUCGGUCCUCUUUACACUGAUUACAAAAAUAAAUUUUCAGAUAAAAGGUUCGGCUAAAUUGAAGAUGGCUUAGAACGCGGUGUUAUUAAACAACGGUUAAAAGUUGUUUAAAUAACAGGUCCUACAAGUUAUGCACAAAAAUGAUAGCAGUACAGUGAAAUACAGCCUGCUAAAUUGACAAAUCAUUGCACACUUGCAUACUGAGAGAUAAAAUGAUAAUGUUGGUAAUUUAGUGUUAUCAACUGAGUUGAAAACGUAAAUUGGCCACCGUAAAGGGUGAAAAAGGUGACGUUUCGAGCGUUAGCCCAUCGUCAGAGUGAUUGGAGGGCUAACGCUCGAAACGUCAGCUUUUUUACCCUUUACGGUGGCCAAUUUAAGUUUUCGACCUAGUUGUUAACACUAAAUUACUUGUUAUACUCUCCCACCGACGCAGCACUACAGUUUCUUUAGAAACUUACCCCCUUUAUCAUGGUAAUGUUGACAGGUUGGGAAGAACAAUUUCCGGCCUCCUCCAAAAGUCGAGUCCAGUGUUGUGAGAAUUGAACCCAAAAAUCCACCACCUCCUAUUAAUUUUAAGGUAAGAAGCUGUUAUUUAUAAGCUUUAAGCGACUAAGACUAAGACUACGACCCCUUUUCGUUAAUGAAUGCAAGGCUUUGACUCUUUCUAGUGAUUAGCAUCUAAUUUCUCUUUACAAUAUCAUCCCUGAAUCACACACAAAAGUCACUAGAACAAAAGAAACGAUCACCAACUAACGAAGCUCUUGAUUAGUAAAUAAAUUCUCCUCGACGGCACCUUUGGAAAUGUAUAGAGAACAGAAUGGAGAAAGUGCAUACUGAUGUUAGUGUGUAAAGCGCUAAGAAGGACACUUAGAUCUCAUCAAAAACAAUUCUGCGUUACUUUUUUUUUAGGAAUGGGAUGGUCUUGUGAGAGUCGCGUUUGUGCGAAAAAACAAAACACUAAAUUCAUGUUUCAGGUAAGCUCGUGAUGUCUCUUUAAUGUAGCUCGAAAAAUAGAGUUUAAGACUCUUAUGUAGACAUUCACCGAUUCAAUUGCUUUCAAAAUGUAUUCACUAAAACGAUUCUUACUAACGUUUCUGUUUUGUUUUGUUUUGUUACAGUUCACGAGCGGUUGCAGAAAUGUUGGAGAAAAAUUACAAGAUUCACUGCUCGUUAAAUGAUAUUGUAAGAACUAUUGUUUGUCUUUUUUUAGCUUUCAGUGAAAGGUUAAUCUUAAUUUUAUGACUGAUAGCCAGAGUUAUCAGGUUACGGAUGCUGCAACGAAACACAACUGUUAAAAGUCAGUAGUGGCCAAAUGGAUUUACUUUGGCCGGUCGUAUGCGGAUUUUCCGCGCAAAAUUUCAUGGGACAACCCGAGAAAUAAUGACUGUCUCCUGUACAUUACAACUAAUUACUAACCACAAUGAUUUUACGUUAAAGAUGGUAGAUGAAGGAUUUGAUAUCAAAGAGAAAGUUCAAAAGUUGUUAACAGAAAAUGGAUAUGACAAGAAACGAGCACGCACAAUGGAUAUGGAUGAUUUUCUCGGGUAAGAAUUUCACACUCUAGUUGGAUCACGUUCAUUAACUGUUCUGAGAAUAUGCUGUAUUUUACCUUAUUCGAUAUCGUUCAGUCUGCGUCUUGUCAAUUUAGAGCAGUUAAUUGAGUGUCGACAGUAAUCUGAGAAUGAAAAGUUUUGGUUACUUCUCGCUGAUUGGUUACAGAAUUUGAUGCCACUUCAACCAAUCAAAUGCAAAGCUUAAACCGAUCAAACCUUGGUCAGCCGCGUUUUCCCGCGCUUCAUAAAGUUUGCUUGUCUUUACUUAGAGUUUUAAUUGGCUUCUAGUGACUGGAUAUUUUUGUUGGUUCUGACUGGUCGAUGAGUCAACUUUGUUGAUUGUGUUACGACAAUCAAUCGAGAAGCGCUUUUCGGAAAUCAUGCCUCAAUUCCGUCGGAUCACCUUAGAAUUGCCAACCGUAAUUUUCUUUUUUUUCUAUUACGUAAUCCAAUAAAUUUACGCUUUGCAAGCGCAUACAUUUAUCACACCAUGAUUGAUUUAUCAACAGUUAUUUGUUUGUUUGUUUUUUUUUCAGUUUACUUCACCUAUUUAAUUCCAACGGUAUCCAUUUUACGUGAUGGUGUCGAUGGUAUCUGAAGAAUAUCCGUUUUAAUUCCUGUACAUAAAUAGCAAAUAUUCCGCGUAUAUGAUUCUAAACUGCUAUUUUUGGUUCAGUCACUAAUCUCUUUAAAUACUCGGGAAGUAGUGGUGUUUCGUUGGUUUUCUCUAAUCAGCGUCGAAUUUCUGGUGAGGCCAACAGAAGGGAACAUACAUUAUUGAUAAGAGACAUCUUUGUUUUUGGAAAGAAAAUGGAGAAGUCUCGGGCUGCAGCGAUUGAAAACUCAACACACAAUGUUUAUAAAUUGAAUAAAGAGGGAAGCCUUUGAAAGCUUUUGUAAGUUUUUCAUGAAGAAGAGCGCGAAGACUUUUACUUUGACAAGUUUGCCAGCUAACUCUACAUUGCAAAGAAAUAUGGUUAAUGAUGUCACAGGAAGAUACAUCACACUGAUUCUUUUGUAACGUUUACCAAUGGGACUAUCAUGCAAUGCCCCUGUGUAGAGAAUGAGAAAGAUGUUCAAUUCGUUUUAUCACGAGCUUUGGACAAAGAAAAUAAAACAAAGUUCCAACUAUGGAGCAAACUGUAUAUCUUUGGAUUUCGCGUUUGCAUGCCCUGGUAACUAAACCAAAGAGAUGUCGUCAGUAAGCGAAGCUAUGUUCGAUUCCUCUAAGGGAAUUCGCAUUGUUCCUUCGUCGCAAAGUAAAUACAUCUUUCUUUAUUCGCGGACCUUGAUCACAAUAAACCAUCUCCCUUUCUCUAUUUAUGUACUCGACGCUUUCGACACUUCUUGUCCUCGCAGUAUUUGGGGC